UCAAAGCCGGAUAUAGAGCGUUUAUAAAAGGCUCACUUCUACUGAAAAUUGCACUCAGUGCAACCGACCUUAUAUAAUAAAAGUGUGAUUGUGCGUUGUUGACAAGUGUCUACGAGAAGUUGAGUCUCGUCUGAGAUGUGGCAGUCCAGUGGCAUCCGGAGUCUAGCCCGCGAGCUUAUCCAAUGACGGCUGCCGGAAAUGAAGAGCCACACGUGGACAUGGACGUUGUCGUUGCCAAGGUGCUCGCUAUUGUCAUCAUCACCAGCCUCACCGUUCUCGCCGGAUUGCUCCCUUGUCGCCUCAUGAGGCAUUGCCGCCGACCCAUGCUCAAGCGCAGACGCAUGUUUAACGACAUGGUGUCCGGAGGGAAGUGCUUCUCUGGCGGUGUGUAUCUUGGUGUUUGCUUUCUCCACCUGAUUCCGGAAACGCGACAUAAAGUAGACGCGGUCCUGGAGCAUGUAGGGUCAAGGUCUCACUACCCGGUGGCCGAGUUACUCACAAUGGCCGGAUUCUUUGGUGUCAUAUUUGGGGAACAUGUGAUAAGGUGUUUGUAUUACAAGUUUCAAGAGGAUUCGUGUCUUCCAAGGUUUGACCACGACAGUUAUAGCUUUGAUCAAGAUUACAUACCGACGACUGAGGACCCGGCCUUUGAAGGGUGUGAUUUAAUUGAGUGUAGAAGUCUUCAUUCUUUAUCACAAACAAGUUACAGUAAGGAUGACAUACAAAAUCAAAUGAAUUCUCCACAAACACUUCAAGACGAAAGCAUUAUAACGCCAGUGCCUAGAAUUCAUAUCAAUGGUUUAACUCCCAUUAACCAAACUAUAACAUCAUUUAACGAAGCAAAUCUCAACAAUGUAAAUCGCUCUAACUCAUUACCUAGCGAACACGGUGCCCCGAUCCCUCCUCCAAUCCAUUCCGCCCCGUCAUCUGUGGAGAGGCACGAGUGGUACGACCUGGAGCCGGUGCCUCCGUUGCCCAUGCAAGACCUCGAGGUGCGGACGGUGGUGACGGAAUUGAGCCGCCAGGAUGAGCAAGGCCGCGGCCACAUCCGGUCUGCCUUCCUACUGGCAGCUCUCUCCUUCCACGGCGUGUUCGAAGGCAUGGCAUUGGGGUUGCAGGCGGCCGUCAGUGAUGCCUGGCUGAUGUGUGUAGCAGUCCUUGUCCACCGCGCCAUCCUCGCAUUCGGUAUGAGCCUACAGUAUGCGCGGGAACAGGAAAAACCCUCCACUAUCGUCUUCUCAAUUAGCGCGUUCUCAAUUAUUUGUGUUGUUGGUAUAAUUAUCGGGAUUGCAAUCUCAGCCGGGGCUCAGUUAUAUAAUGAUGUUGACGUCCCUAAUGCAAUAUUGCAAAGUCUGGCCACUGGUACUAUCUUCUGUAUCGUUUUUCUAAACAUUCUGUUUAAAGAGCUUGACGGAAAUAAAGACGUUAAGAAGAUUUCAUGCACCUUUGUAGGAUUUGCUUUUAUGGCCGUGCUUCUUGCUGUGGCGAAAUCAUAACUUGUGUUUUACGAGCUAUCUAAUAUCUGCGAUUGUAAUUGAUAUUUCAUUAUAAUUGCGAGUGCAUUAUUUGAUUGAGGAGCUGGAUUUAAUUACAGUAUUGCGUGUGUGGGAACAGCGGGAACAGCGUUGUGUUGUUUGCUCCAAUAAAUGCUAUGAAAUCUAUAAUUUUAAUCAUUCACUUUAUGUCGCAUGUUUUCCCAUUCCUGCUCGCAAAAUGAAACCUGGAAAC